GUAGGUUUUAAUUAAUGUUAAGAUGUUACAAUGUUAUUUGUAUGCUAUAUUAAUAAUCACCGUAUCAAGUUUUGUCUGUUAAUUGAUUUUUUCUAUUUAUUUUUUGAUAAUCGUACUAAAAAUGGUUUUUUAUGUUUAUUUCAGGUAAUGCUAAAAAAACAAAUCCUAAACAAUAUUCAAAUCAUCCAUAUGAUGGCCGUCAACAUGAUAGAAGGCGACUUGAAAAUUGUAGGUUUUAAUUAAUGUUAAGAUGUUACAAUGUUAUUUGUAUGCUAUAUUAAUAAUCACCAUACCAAGUUUUGUCUGUUAAUUGAUUUUUUCUAUUUAUUUUUUGAUAAUCGUACUAAAAAUGGUUUUUUAUGUUUAUUUCAGGUAAUGCUAAAAAAACAAAUCCUAAACAAUAUUCAAAUCAUCCAUAUGAUGGCCGUCAACAAGAUAGAAGGCGACUUGAAAAUUGUAGGUUUUAAUUAAUGUUAAGA